AUGACGACUCCAUCGUGGUUUCUUGGAUCAACUGACAGUUUGAUUGGUCAGUCCACCAGUGUGCUGCGCGAUACCACUCCUGCAGAAGCCUUGAAAGUAUUACAUCAACAGAUUCAUCUACCGGCUGAACUACUCAACUCCUUUGGCAUUGUUCCAUCUGUGGACUCUCGACGUUCUACACUCACCUUAACCCAGUCCCCAAUGAGCGUCACUUCCAUCCAACCAGUUGACUCCAGCAUUUGUGAUCUUCCAGGACGGUUCUGCUUUCAGUCAAUGCGCAUUGUGUUCCUGAACCGACUUCAAAUUUCUACUGACAAUGUGAUUCCUGUUCAACUACUCAUUCGGUCGCCGCCUCAUGAUUUAGUUGGCACGAUAUCCGAGAUAUCGCAGUAUAUUUUCAUAAGGGAAACUACUCACAAGGUGGCUGAAAACUCUUCGACAGCCCACGACCAGUUUCGCCCUUCCAGUUCGGGCUCAUCAGGUAGGCGCAGUCCCCGAGUUUCCAUCAACCUUAUUUUCUACUUGAACCUACCUGAUGAGCCCCAAGAAGGGCGAAACCGGUUGUGGGCCGUCGAAGAGUUUUCAGCAACCUUGUCCGUGGUUCGAACCCGACCUCUACCACUCGACUUCUCCUGUCUAGGCUUGAGCAACCGGGCAGUAUCCCAGCCUUCGGAUGGCAUGGCAGUUAGGCACCGAAAGGGUGCUACAGCUGAACGACCAUCCACGCUCAAAGUAUUGUUCUACACUGUACACUCUAUUCACUCUGGGACAACCGGCGAUGUCUACUGCCUCGGCCACCAGUCGCUGUGGUGUGGAUCGAAGUGCCCGUCUCAAAAUGUCCCCAUUUUCAAAAUCUAUCCUGUGCCUUGCUAUUGCCGAAUCUUUGACUAUCGCCUGCUAAUCAUCUACAUUUCUCAGCGAUCUGUUACUACAUCGCUUAUGCUCACCGAUUCUGGUAUACAAUUCCCUGGACGCUUGCCCUUUAUAAACCUUCCUGAAGUCUCAAGAAAUCUCACGAGUGGUUCCCUGACCUCCUCAAAACCCGAUCAUCCUGUUGGCACGAUAUUCGAAAUAUCGCAGUAUAUUUUCAUAAGGGAAACUACUCACAAGAUGGCUGAAAACUCUUUGACAGCCCAUGACCGGUUUUGCCCUUCCCCUUUGGGCUCAUCAGGUAGGCGCAGUCUCCGAGUUUCCGUCAAACUUACGUUCUACUUGAACCCAAAUUGGAAUGUUUUUUGA